UUGAAUUUUUUUUGUUCAAAAAGAAGCCAAUCCCCAAAGAUGCUCAAGUACAACAAACCAAAUUAAAAUGUUUUAAACCCAUAUUCUUUCUUUCACAAUAUAGAAAUGUUUAAACUUUAAACCCAUGUCACGAUGUCAAACAUCUCUAAUUUGGGUUUUUGGGGUUGGUCAAAGUGAACCACAAGAAAACACAGAAGACAGACAACGAAAUCUGAGUGUUUUUCAUUCUUUUCUGGGUUUUUCCAAACUUAAUCACCCAAUCAACAACUUCCCACUCCUUUCCUCCUCAAUUGUCACCAACACAAACAACAAAAUCAUCAACCCACAUUAAUUUUUCUCAUUUUGUUUGCAAAACCAUUAAAAAUCAAAUCAUCCAAAACCUUCAAAAUUGUCCCCAGUUUUUUUUUCAUAUUCUCUCUCCUCUACCCCCCUACGUUGACGCCAUUGUUUUUCUUAAUUUGAAUUUUCAAUUCAAUUCAAAGAAGACAAAGACCCAUAUAAAGGGUAGUAGAUUUUGUUUUCCUUUUUAUAUAUUUUAUUUUCAAAAAAGGGGUUGAUAAAAAACCCAUCAAAAAUAUGGGUUUUUCAUAUUUUGGGUGUUUUUAUAAGUUGAAUGAUUAAUAUAAAUAUUUUCCCAAUUAUUAAUUCUCCAGACAGGAAGGCUGAGCAGUGAGGAGGAGAGAGAAAGUGAAAGAAAGUGUGCAGAAAAGACCAAGUCUUUCCUUCCUUGAUUACACUUUUUUCAAAUAAACUAUACUACUUCAAGCUUGCUCUUUCUCUAUCCUUCACUCUCUACUUCUGAAUCCAUUUAUAUUUUCUGGGUUUUAGAUCUUGAACUUUUUUUACAGUUUUUUUUUAAUCUGGAUUUGAACUGGGCACUUCAAAUUUCCAGUCUUUCUCAGACUCCACUCUAGCAUUGUUGAUUAUUCAGCUUUAUUGUGGUGGUGUUCGAUAUUCAUCUUAUGUAAAGGCGAAGCAGAUAAGGAUAGUGAGGUGAUAGAUCAUGUUUUGAUACAACUUUGAUUUAUUGACCGGGAGAUGAAGGCAACAGAAGCCUGGGGGUUAAGUAUGCAAAUUUUGCCAAUGCAACGCCACCGGCAUGCUUCCAGAAGACCAUUGUGGAUUAUAGUGUUGCUUUGCUUGGUCAGCUUAUUUGUGAUUUGUGGAUAUGUAUAUCCUCCUGAAAACUCGACAGCUUGCUAUGUUUUUUCGCCUAGAGGUUGCAAAGCUUUCACAGAAUGGCUUCCAUCUUCUGCUAAAAGAGAACUGAGUGAUGAAGAAUUGGCAUCACAAGUUUUAAUUGAAGAAUUUUUGAAAACUCCACCUCGACCAACGGCAAACCCUAAGAUUGCUUUCAUGUUCUUGACUCCAGGAUCGUUGCCUUUUGAGAGGCUUUGGGAUUUAUUCUUUUCUGGCAACGAGGGAAAGUUUAGUGUCUAUGUGCACGCAUCUCAACGGAAACCUGUACAUCAAAGCAAAUAUUUCCUUGGUAGUGACAUCCACAGUGACAAGGUUGGUUGGGGUCAAGUCUCAAUGAUAGAUGCAGAACGGCGCCUUUUGGGUAAUGCACUGAGAGAUCCUGAUAACCAGCACUUUGUAUUGCUCUCUGAUAGUUGUAUACCCUUGCACAGAUUUGACUAUGUGUACAACUAUCUGAUGUACACAAAUGUAAGCUACAUUGAUAGUUUCUUUGAUCCAGGUCCUCAUGGAAAUGACAGGUACUCACCACAUAUGUUACCUGAAAUAGAAAAGGAGGACUUUCGUAAGGGUGCACAGUGGUUCCACUUGAAACGACAGCAUGCAAUGAUAGUAAUUUCUGAUACCCUCUACUACUCAAAGUUCAAAAACUACUGCAGGCCUGGCUUUGAGGGUAGAAAUUGCUACUGUGACGAGCAUUACUUGCCAACUUUCUUCAAUAUCAUCGACCCAGGAGGGGUGGCAAAUUGGUCAGUAACCCAUGUUGAUUGGUCUGAACAUAAGUGGCAUCCAAAAUCUUAUAGGGCACAGGACGUCAGCUAUGAGCUCUUGCAGACAAUCGCGUCUAUUGGUGAAAGUGUGCAUGAAACUAGUGAAGUGAAGAAGCAAGUAUAUGUAGAUCGUUGUCUAUGGAAUGGAGUGAAGCGUCCUUGUUAUUUGUUCGCUAGGAAAUUUUACCCGGAAACUCUCAACAUUUUGAUGGAACUCUUCUCCAAUUACACUGCUGGUGCCUAAGCAUUAAGCAAUGACUACAAGAGCUAGAGAUAUCCUUCGAUUGACGUCUUACAACCCUCUUUUUCCUUCCUUUGCCCCAAAUACAUAGCUUUUUUCCGUUCCGUUGUAAAUGUUGAUGCCAAUACAUAUGAUAGCAGCCUGGGAAAAGAGCAUAUUAUUCAGUUCUUCAACUGCGUGCUUAGUUGCGAAGGUUGCUGCUUCAGCGUAAUUCGGAUGAUUCAAUGUCUAUUCUUUUCCCCCAUCCUCAGUAUUCUUCUGUAAUUUUGCCGCUGUAACAAAUGUUAGAGGGGAUCAUUUCUUAGAUAUAGAUAUAUUAAUAUAAUAGAAUCACCUUGCAGAUUUUCCUUUUGCUUAAGCUAAUGAUAGUGAUACUAAUACUAC